UACCCCUACACUUGAAAUGAACCACGCCUGGAUUCAACUUGUCUAACGACGGCCAUAUUGAAUGUCUUAACAAAUCGCCUUAUGGUGAAUCUGACUUCUACAGCCUCUCAUCCAUGUACGUUCUAACAGGCGUCACACGAAAAACGGAGGCGAGACGACCAUAGGAAAUAUAGUGUUAGUAGUAACGCUUGAAAUAUUGUGAGUUUCUGCCGUCUGUGAGUCUUCCAAGAGGACAGUCCUUCGCUAGAGAAGUUCUCUUUUUCAGGUUCUCUAAUAAAGGAAGUUUGUCCGUCCUGUGAAGGACUUGUCUUCUCUGUUGUCGGGCAGAGGGAGGAGGGGAAGACCAAGAUGCCUAAACCGAUCAAUGUGCGGGUGACCACCAUGGACGCAGAGCUGGAGUUUGCCAUCCAGCCCAACACCACAGGCAAGCAGCUGUUUGACCAGGUGGUGAAGACCGUGGGUCUCCGUGAGGUCUGGUUCUUUGGCCUCCAGUACGUGGACAGCAAGGGUUACAGCACCUGGCUCAAGCUCAAUAAGAAGGUGACCCAGCAGGACGUGAAGAAGGAGAACCCGCUCCAGUUUAAGUUCCGGGCCAAGUUCUUCCCCGAGGACGUGUCCGAGGAGCUGAUCCAGGAGAUCACCCAGAGGCUCUUCUUCCUGCAGGUGAAGGAGGCCAUUUUGAACGAUGAGAAUUACUGUCCUCCGGAGACGGCCGUGCUGCUGGCCUCCUACUCGGUCCAGGCCAAGUACGCCGACUUCAACAAAGACGUCCACAAGCCUGGCUAUCUCACCCACGACAGACUGCUGCCCCAGAGAGUUCUGGAGCAGCACAAGCUUACUAAGGAGCAGUGGGAGGACAGGAUUCAGACCUGGCAUGAGGAACACAGAGGGAUGCUCAGGGAGGACUCCAUGAUGGAGUACCUGAAGAUCGCCCAGGACCUGGAGAUGUACGGGGUCAACUACUUUGAGAUCAAGAACAAGAAGGGCACCGAGCUGUGGCUGGGUGUCGACGCCCUGGGCCUCAACAUCUACGAGCACGAAGACAAGCUUAGUCCGAAGAUCGGCUUCCCUUGGAGCGAGAUCAGGAACAUCUCCUUCAACGACAAGAAGUUUGUCAUCAAACCCAUCGACAAGAAAGCUCCUGACUUUGUGUUCUACGCGCCCCGGUUGCGGAUCAACAAGCGCAUCCUGGCCCUGUGCAUGGGCAACCACGAGCUGUACAUGAGGAGGAGGAAGCCCGACACCAUCGAGGUGCAGCAGAUGAAGGCGCAGGCCCGCGAGGAGAAGCACCACAAGCAGACAGAGAGGGCCCAGCUGGAGAACGAGAAGAAGAAACGAGAGCACGCGGAGAAGGAGAAGGAGAGGAUAGAGAGAGAGAAGGACGAGCUGAUCGAGAGACUAAGACAGAUAGAGGAGCAAACCCUGAAGGCACAGAAAGAGCUGGAGGAGCAGACGCGCAAGGCCCUGGAGCUGGAGCAGGAGAGGAGGAGGGCGAGGGAGGAGGCGGAGAGGCUGGAGAGGGAGAGACAGGCGGCGGAGGAGGCCAAGGCAGAGCUGGCCAAGCAGGCAGCCGACCAGAUGAAGACCCAGGAACAGCUGGCGGCUGAGCUGGGAGAGUUCACAGCCAAGAUCGCUCUGCUGGAGGAGGCCAAGAGGAAAAAAGACGAGGAGGCCACAGAGUGGCAGCACAAGGCGAUAUCAGCCCAGGAGGACCUGGAGAAGACCAAGGAGGAGCUGAAGCUGGUGAUCAGCUCGCCGGCAACGCCGGCGGGGGGCGCGGCCGAGAGCGAGCACGACCACGACGAGCAGGAUGAGAACCACGCCGAGGCCAGCGCCGAGCUCUCCAACGAGGGCGUCAGCGCCCUGGACCUGCGCAGCGAGGAGGAGCGCGUCACCGAGGCGCAGAAGAACGAGCGCGUCAAGAAGCAGCUGCAGACGCUGAGCUCAGAGCUGGCCGAUGCCCGAGACGACACCAAGAAGACCCAGAACGACAUGCUGCACGCCGAGAACGUGAAGGCGGGCCGGGACAAGUACAAGACCCUGCGACAGAUCCGCCAGGGCAACACCAAGCAGCGCAUCGACGAGUUUGAGUCCAUGUGAGAGUCACGAUGCGAGAGUCAUGCCAGUCAACCCCCCCCCCCCCCCCCCUUUCUCCUCAGUCACCCUAUUCAGGGGUGACUUGCUUUUUCUGAUGCCGUCCGCCCCCGACCCUUCCCUCCCCCACCCGUGAAGAUUCUAGAGGUGCAUGGCUGCCUCCAACUUUGCCAAAGUUCUGCCAUCAUCUCCACCCAGACCGCGUCAGGAAUCGCCCAUGCAAAGCUAACAGCGCAAUGACACCGCGUUCAGCUGUCAUUGCACACCUCAGAGGUGAGCAGAUGAUGCGCAUGCAAAGCACAAGAAGUGGAGACGCAAGAAAAACCUCAAUGGAAUUGGAGUCUUUUUUUAAGCAAACUUUGGCCAUUGUAAAAGCUAUUUUUGUCGCGUAUGCUUGCUAAGCCUGUAAUGCAAAGCUUUAGUAUUACACCUGUUGUUGAGUUGAAAGUAUUGCUCCCUUUACUUUUAAAAGUGUUUUUCCGUUCUUGCUUUAUCCGGAUGUUUUAUCGAAGCCCUACCAUUUUAGUUGUCUGUUACCUUUGUACCCACUGUGCACUGGGUCGGUCCUUGGCUGGGUAGAGAGGCUCGAGUUUGGGGAUGAAUUCGUUGUAUUUUUUUCCUUCAACAUUAAGAGAUCAACACAGCUGCAGAGUAGACCAGAGCUGAACCAUCUUCGUAUUUUAUGAUCCGACAUAUCACAUAUCCUAGAAGCUGAGGGUCAGGAUAGAUGGGUGAAAUGAUGGAUGGGUGAAAUGAUGGAUGGAGGAAAUGAUGGAUGGAGGAAAUGAUGGAUGGAGGAAAUGAUGGAUGGAAUUAGGAGUCGGUCAAAAGGGAAGUUGACAAAGAGCUGCAGGGAGCAAGGUUGCACUGGUCGCUAUCACUCAGUUAUGGUCGUGUUUAUAUAAACACUUUAGGAGAUAAGCUACUGUCCUUUCUUAAGCUGAUUAGAACGUUAUGAGGAUUCACUUAUUAGUGUGUGCGUGUGCAUAAAGAGAUUUAAAAAGACACUCCUAAUAGAUGGUCCCUCUCACUGGCUCCCAGUGUUUCAUGCCCAGUCACCAUAGAUGGUUUUCUCUGCCUACCGGCUCACAAAGGCCCCCAGGUCAGACAGACAGACGAGCACGAUGCAUUCACGUCUGUCUGUCUGUCGUGACGUCUUCAGGUGUGUAUAUUGGGAGACUCCUUUCUGGCUGGAGAGCAUACGAAAACGUCAGUCCUUGACACAGGACGGAUCUCUACCUCAGUACUGUAACCAUGGUGACUGAACAAUCGAAACACUCGAGCCGUUACAUCCCCCCCCCCCCCCCCCCCCCCCCCCCCCCCCCGUUUCGAUCGAAGUAGCGACAGGCGACCCAAGAAUAGCACCGGUUGGCGGAGUUCAGAGCGACAUUUGGCAGGGGUUACAGAAGGACGCGUGGCGUUUGCGUGCGCACGUCUGCGUGUGCGUACGUCUACUCGACGCGGCGAAUUCUCCUCGUCUUUCCUCUGGAACGUUCCGGAAAGCGUUCGCAACGGGUUGGAAGCUGCAGAGAAGGACGGUGUCCAUAUCAGAGGACCGAUCCUUACGGUGGAAACGCACUCCCCCAUCCAAGCCAAUGUUUCACUCCCAAGGACCCGUCCAUGAGCACCUGCAGAGUAGCCCUCUGCUCCCCACUGAACUGGGUAGACUCAAACCCUCCUCUGAUCAGAGACACGGUCCAAUCUGCCUUCGGGGGCUGCGUCUGUUAAUCGUCUAAAGGCUGGCUUCGCCCGCCUGCCCUCCCCUUCCUCCUGACCUGAGGUAGGAUACCGACCACCAUGUUCAGAGGGGAUGGGGGAGGGAGCGGGGGCAGGGAUGAUCGUCAUUUUUGUCCUAUGGUGUCGCGACGCAAUGCUUCUUACACGUGUGAAUAGAGAAAAGGCCAAUACAUUUUUUGCUUUCUCAGUAUUUUCUCAUCCAACCCCUUUCUCUCUUUUUCCCGUCCCAUCAUGCACAGUGACCCCACCUUUUUGUUGGGGAAGCGGGUGUGUGUUUUUGAUGUUUCUUUGCGUUACGAUCAAGUUUCUUUGUAUCAUUUGUUUUGCUACACUUGACAGCUGGUUGAGAGUGCAACCCCAAACCAGCCUUUGACUAGACCCAGCAAGUGUCCAUGUAGGUUAUAUUUGCCAUAGCAGGUGAGCAAUAUUGUGCUUCCAACAGACUUUUUUUUUAAAUAACGUUCUGAGAUCUUAACUCCCAGCAUGCAUCAGUAGGAUUCUAGUCCUCACUGGAUGUCAACACUCUGCUGUGUAUGCCAGCAUGACCCCUCCCAUAUCUGGGGUUUAAGAGGUUUAGCCUGGUGCCUGAAUGUCGUUAGCCUACUUGUCACCUCUAAUGAAGGCAUUGAUGCCUGCACUAGGCCCAGCUGUCAUGGUGUUUGCGGUUCAGUUUUUCCUUACGUUUAUAUUAGCAUUUCUGUAUGAUAGAGAAGCCACAGAUGGCACGCAGUUCAUUGGUUCACAAUAAAAGUAUAAAAUUAA